AUGCAGCCGAGCCCCGUGGAGAGGGUUUUGGCCAUGACAGAGGUGACAGGCCCCGUGGCCAAGCGCAUAUUGGUGACAGGUGGCACCGGCUUGGUGGGAAAAGCCAUUGAGAAGGUGGUGGCUGAUGGAGAGGGGCGGCCAGAUGAGGAGUGGAUCUUUGUGUCCUCCAGAGAUGCUGACUUGACGAAUGCUGCAGAGACCAAAGCCCUGUUUGAGCUGCACAAGCCCACCCAUGUCAUCCACCUGGCUGCCAUGGUGGGAGGCCUCUUCAAGAACAUCCGCUACAACCUGGAUUUUUGGAGGAGAAACAUCCAUAUCAACGACAACGUCCUGCACUCAGCCUAUGAGACAGGGGUGCAGAAGGUUGUCUCCUGCCUCUCUACCUGCAUCUUCCCAGACAAGACAACCUACCCCAUUGAUGAGACCAUGGUUCACAAUGGGCCACCUCACAGCUCCAACUUUGGCUACUCCUAUGCCAAGAGGAUGAUUGACAUCCAGAACAGGGGUUACUUUGAGCAGCAUGGCUGCCGCUUCACUGCCGUCAUCCCCACCAACAUCUUCGGGCCCCACGACAACUUCAGCAUCGAGGACGGCCAUGUCUUGCCGGGGCUCAUCCACAAGGUCUACCUGGCCAAACAGAGUGGCUCCGCUCUGACCGUGUGGGGCACAGGCAAGCCCAGGAGACAAUUCAUCUACUCCCUGGACCUGGCCCGGCUCUUCCUUUGGGUCCUGCGGGAAUAUGAUGAGGUGGAGCCCAUCAUUUUGUCAGUGGGAGAAGAAGAAGAAGUCUCCAUCAAGGAGGCAGCAGAGGCGAUUGUGGAGGCCAUGGACUUCAAGGGAGAGCUUCUUUUUGACACCACCAAAGCAGAUGGGCAAUUCAAGAAGACAGCCAGCAAUGCCAAGCUGCGGCGCUACCUGCCCAGCUUCCAGUUCACACCUUUCAGGCAAGCUGUGAAGGAAACCUGCACUUGGUUCAGUGCCAACUACACCAACGCCAGGAAGUGAUGCGCCAAGGCAGAGCUGGGACCAGCAUCUUCUUCAUCUCAGGGUUGCCCUUUGCUGGGGCAGAGGACAUGGCUGGGAGAGUGGUGACAUCUCCAAAGCAAAAUGGGGAUUGAAGCCCAGUGAGGAGCCUCCAAGUUCCUGCCCGCUGCUUGGAGCAGGGUGGGCAAAAAAAUAGCAUUGGGCCACCCCCAAAAGGGUUCCCAGACCAGGUGGUGCAGCCAGCUGGAGCCACUGCCAUCACCUUGACCAUGGCCAAGAUUGUGGGGGUGGUCCUAAAGCUCCUCCCAGCAAGGCCCCAGCAUCAGGAUAGGGGGGGACCAGAAUGGGAAAAGCUCCAGCUGUCAAUUGAGCAUUUAUUGAAAUAUAUGCAA